AUAAAUUGAUGUGCACACAUCUUACAAUGAACACUUACGAAAUUCAGUCUAUCUAUACCUCGUAAGUUGUGGUUCGAUACAUGAGCAUUAGUUUGUGUUUAUCGCAUUAAAGAUAAGAGAACAGUAUAUAUAAGGCGCUGACGGCAUUUAGCCUUUACAAAUUACAAGUUUACCGUUUAUGUAGACUUCGACCCGAUCGUAGCACAUAGCAUAGCACAAGCACUUGAAGCAGGAGAUGGCAGAGCCGAAUGUAAAUCCUCAUCAUAUCCAGCUAAAGGCUGCAGAAAAUCUUAUUAUACACACAGGGAACAUCGCAAGUUGGAGUCGCCUACGAAUGACAACAACGUCUCCGGCAGAAGAGCUGGUAGAGAGUAUUAGAGCAACCUUGCAAGCAUGGUCGCCUUUGGUAAACAAUGAGGAAAUUCAGGCACAGACUACUGUGCAGGCCUGCCACGGCACAUACAUAGAAAAAGUGUCAGAUGCAGAACGUAGUCAACUGAAAUUGACAGUUAAACUAUUCAUGACACAAUGGGACCCAGAAGCAAUUAAAGAAGGUGUUAAACGAACGCUCUGUGAGCUGGGCGUGUCUCAGCUGGAUGUGCUCAUCCUCGCGUGUCCGGACACGCCCGACGACGAGAUGUCGCUCGAUCUCAUCAAGCCGCUGUGGCUCAUACUCGAGGGCAUGGUCGAACAGCGCCUCCUACUGUCGCUCGGCAUCGCCGACCUGCAGAAGGAAACACUCGAGCAGCUUUACAACUGGGCGAAGGUGAAGCCAAACAUUGAUCACUGGAACUCGGUGUUGUGCUGCGUGAUGCCUGAGGACCUAGUUGCGUUUGCCAAGCAACAUGACAUUCAGCUGCUGUCGCACAGUGAUGAGAGAAACAUUCUGCUGUCGGAAUCGCUGCAAGCAGUCGUCAGCUCUACGUGCAGUGAUCAGGCAGGCGAGCGAUGGCAGACGCACUGGGUCUUGCGCUAUGCUCUGAUUGUGCGCUCGCGCGGUAUUCUCACGUCCAAGGGCUACAUCGUCAAGGCUACACGAUCCUAGACAUGCAUAGCUGCCCAGUGUUGCUGCUAUCAUGGUCCGUUCUUGGCACUGCCAUGUUACCCCGUUAUGGUGAUGCUGAAUAAGAAGCAUCGUGCAUUUAUCAAGAGUUUUGAUUAUAUAGAGAAAUUUUGUAUAACCAUGAGAAAUAUACGUUGUCUUUCAGUAAGCCGCUUGCAAUUGCUAUUACACACAAUAAUGUUCGUAUCAAUGUCAUUUCUGUCAUGGUGUAUGUUUAAUAUAUGCUAUUGGAUAGUUGGAGUAAUCCUGAAGCAGUGAACGUAAUUGAAUUAAAAUGCAUUCUGCCAUAGCCAGUAUGACUUAUUAAAUAGUGUGACAUUCAUGUUUGACCAGAAAAAUGUCAGGUUGAAUAGCAUAAAGUAUACUGAUAUUGGGAUCAAUAUUUGAAGCUUAAAUUACCUGGAAGAUGCUAGAGCUAUGCUAAAUGUUACUGCAUUUACUGUGUUGUACGUUUAUAGUUAUUUUCUGUUCAAUAGAUCUCUAUUUUCAAUACAAUCACCUACAGAAACCUGUUGAGAAGCUGUCUAUAAUACAUUAAUGGCUGAAUCCUUAAAGUUGACACGUGUUACACUUUUACAUUUUAUUUCUGUUAUACACUUUGUUGAAUUAUAUAUAAAUAGUUAUUUUGAAAUAGCAGCAUUUUGUGUCUGCUUUUGCAUAAAUUUAUAAUCUCCCAUUUUUAAUCCAAUUUCUGAGUCGUAUAUGAGUAACAUAUGUCAGUGUCCUAAGGAAGUGUAUAUCAUCUGUGAUGUGGGACAUCUGUAUAAUUUGACAGCGUGUAUACACUUGUUAAUGUCAGGUCUGCAAUGCGAAAGGUUUCCAUGUCACAUUGAUGUCUUUUGUUAUCCUGUAAGUGUCAUUGUGUUCAGUUAGGGAACCGUACAUUGCAGAUACUGAUGAUUUUAAAAUGUCUUAUGAAAUUAUUUGUGCAGGUGGUAAUACUGCAAAUAUUUACAGGCUAGUAACUAACAUGCUACUGUGGUCUCACUUGUUUGUUGUGAUUUGAGUAAUUUCUUAUCGUUCCCUUGUCCAUAUGUUUGUUUAUGUCACAUAGUAGGUGGUGGGUGGAAAAAACGAAGAUUAUCGCUA